ACUGUGCAGUGUCUAGAAGAUGGUGAUUGGAAGGGGACACUACCCAAAUGUGAAUUACGCACCUGCGAAGGAGCAGAAGCAUGGCCUUGUAUCGAGUACCGGUAUUGUCAUGUGGUUUCGCUCAAUGUGUCAAGGUUCCUGCUGCUUCAAGUCAGUGUGUCCACCACCAGAUGUCCCAAAUGGCUCCUCCACCCUGUCAAGGUACUCCGCAGAAAUAACUUGUAACAAAUACUACUACUUGACUGGGUCUACCUCCCUCAACUGUGUCACUGGCAAAAACGAUAAGAUGAGGUGGGACCAGGCCGCGCCCACGUGCACAAGACACACGUGCAGUACCUGGCCAUGUGUUGAGGACGAGUUCUGUGUCGACACAGGAAAAUAUCUUUACUGCCACCCGGUUUGUCCGGAUCUGGGAACGGUAGAACACGGUACCAUUAAAAGCUUUCAGACUUACGCCAACUUAACAUGCGAUGAAUUCUAUUACGCGACCCAUUACCACAAGGAGGAGAUAAGAGGUAAAUCCUGGGCAAGUAUCGCAUGUCAGUCGGACGGAACGUGGGACUUGCCGGAAGAGCCGCGCUGCGCACCACACACGUGUGACACUUUCAAGUGUGAACAGACAGUUGAAGCUAUGGACUAUAAGAAGCUUAACAGGACUUUCUGCUAUGUUAGUAGCGCUGGGUUUCCUACCUGCGGGUAUGGUUGUCUUGAACCAAGUCCAAAGCCACAUAUAGUCCAAAAGCUGUCAAUCUACUCGUAUCCUAGCAACGCCUCAUUCUGGUGCGAUUCCGGAUAUUACUACUUGCAGGGACACCCGUUGGUGGAAUGUAGAGUGCACGGUGAGGGUUCCUGGCACACUCCCCCCGGUGAUCUAGUCAGACCUAACGAGUUCCGCUGUAUAGCUCACACUUGCUACACUUGGACCAACUGUUUAGGCGAUCAGUGGUGUGAGAUGAUCCUAGACACACCCACCUGCAAAGGACCUUGCAGUACUCCUCUUCUAACUGAUGGGAUAGUCACCAUUAACAAACAGAUAGCUACGUUCGAAUGUAACCAGUACUACUAUUUAGAAGGUUCGAACACUAUCACGUGUAACUCAAACCUGGAGUGGGAGGAAGAAUUCCCUGCUUGUGUGCAACACACCUGCGAAACGUGGACAUGUCCGGAUGAUACUUACUGUGUUUUGCAGGAUGACUCAUUUAGCUGCUGGCCAGCUUGCCCGGUACCUCCCUCAGUUCCUCAUGCGACAGUUCAAUACGGGCCUUCUUACUCUCAGUACGCAUGUGAAUCAGAGCAGUACAACAUGGAAGGGGUCAGUACGUUGAAAUGUAGCAAAGAAGGAUCAUGGAACAGUGAUCCUCCUUCUUGUGUUCCACACGAUUGUGCCAGUUGGGAUUGUGAGGUGGACCAGUAUUGCCUGACUGGUCAGGAUGGAAUGCCUGCUUGCUUCCCUGGUUGUCCCUCUCUGACCCCCGACAGUAUUCCCUCACCAACCCACACCUUCUCCUGCGACCAACACCACUAUAUUGAUGGACCUGAAACCCUGAACUGUAAACCUAAUGGGGAGUGGGAGGGUGAGCCACCCCAGUGUCUCCCUCACACGUGCGACACGUGGCCCUGCCUUGACACCCAGUUUUGUCUCGAUAUAGAGUCUGCGCUCAGUGUACCAACUUGUUACACUUCUUGUGAAGAAUAUGAGAUGUUCAAGAAUGGGAGAUUCGUGAGCACUAAAAACACUAUGACUUUCGUUUGCAACGAAUAUUAUAUCGUUAAGGGAAAAAGCAUGUUAACAUGUCAAGAUAAUGGAGAGUGGAACGCACCCAAACCCACAUGUGAGCCUCGGACAUGCGACACCUGGAAGUGUGAUGAAGAGCAGUACUGUGAGAUGACGGAUGGGAAACCUACUUGCUACCCUAAGUGCCCGAAGUUGAGUGACAUUCAAAACGGUAAAGUGGAGCAGACUCCGGCCACGGCUACCUAUACUUGUGUUUCUGACAUGUUCUACAUUCCUAACGAUGAAAAUAGACAAUGGUGUCUUAAGGAUGGUGUAUGGAGUGGGUUCCCUCCUGAGUGUGUACCUCAAGGUUGUGCCACGUAUAUCUGUGGGCUGGAUCAGUACUGCAAGAUUGACGACACUUACAGUUUUAUAGAUUGCUAUCCUGCGUGUCCAGAUCUAGGAUCAGUUAAAGACGGUACAGUUAUUCAGCGUGAUGAGUCUGCUAUUAUCUUCUGUGAUAAGAACUUUUAUCUUUACGGCACUGAAACCUUGCUCUGCCAAAAUGACGGAAGUUGGAAUGAUGUUCUACCAGUGUGUUUAGUUCAUGUCUGUCAAACUAUAUCCUGUAACGAGGAUCAAAUCUGUGUAAAUACGGUGGACGGAUUUCCUGUCUGUACACAAGCAUGUCCGAGUUUCGACAUUACCGACGAACGACUACAAGUCAAUGUCAUGGAUGCACAAGCUGUCUUCUCCUGCGAUCUAACAGAUGAUUAUUUUCUGUGGGGCCAUUCCACCCUCAACUGUUUACCAAGUGGAGAGUGGGAUAACGACCCUCCGACUUGUGAAAAGAGCUAUGUAUUUCGUGAGGGACACCAGGAGUGUCUUGAUUUGAUAUGUGGGCAGCACGAGUACUGUAAUGGCUUCGAAGAAAUCAAGAAAUGUCACCCAAGGUGUGCAAAGAUUACACAAGCGGAUUACAAUGAAGGCGAGGUGGCACCAAAAGUGACCUACAGAUUUUAUCAAAACGGGAUAAGGACGGAACACCUUGUCGCUUACAUAAGCUGCCCUUCUCACUCUUACCUGUCUCAUACAAACGAGUUGGUUGAAGUUGCAAAACUGUGGUUACGGCGAGUCUGUGUUGCAAUAAGCCCACCUUGUCAUGUGGUAACUUGUAUGCCUGACGGUAACUGGAAUGAUUUGUCGCCUCCCCACUGUAUUCCACACGAUUGUUCGACAUGGGAGGAACCUUGCGCUGAUGGUGAAAUGUGCGAGAUGGUGAAUGGAAAACCUGCCUGUGUUUUAGGCGAUUGUUCGGCAAUAACGUGCGCUGACGAUGAGUUUUGUUACAUGGACUUCCUUUCGGGUAACAUACCUGUCUGUAAGAAGGCUUGCCCUGACCUGGAAAACCCUGUGUUCGGAGCUGUGGAGAAAAGUAAUACCGUAGCCAAGUUUACGUGUCAGAGUUCUCACUAUUUGGUGGGAGCCUAUAAACUAAGGUGUGAAGAAGGAAUCUGGGAUAAUUCAGCACCCACUUGCGAAGCCUACACUUGCGAAGAAUGGGAAUGUGAUUCUGUCAAUGAGUACUGCAUCGUUUUUCAGGGGAUACCAGUUUGUCAACAGGCUUGUCCAUUAUUAGCACAACCUACAAAUGGAGCUGUUGAGCAAACGUACACAUCAGCUACAUUUUAUUGUGAUAAAUUCUAUAGAAUGGAAGGAAGUAGUUUGCUGUCCUGCCAGUCUAACGGACAUUGGGACCGCGCAGCACCCACGUGCAAACCUCAUGAUUGUAGCUCGUGGGUAUGCUCAGUGGACGAGUACUGUCUUUUGAGUGACAAAAACUCUUUGCCAUCAUGCUUCAAAUCUUGCCCGAAGCUGUCUGAUACCCAACUAAAAUCAGUGGCUCAAACCGAUACAACAGCAACGUUUCAAUGCUUGAGUAUAUACAGGUACUUGAAGGGACUGAGCACAUUAUUGUGCUCUACUGCGGGUGUGUGGGACGGUGACGCGCCCACGUGCAUUAAACACACGUGCAAAACAUGGAAUUGUGGCAACCCUCCAGUCGGGGAGACCGGGCACCUUUGUGAGUGGGACGCGGAUAUUCCUGGUCCUACAUGUUACUUGAAGUCGCCUGUUUUAGUAGCUCCUGACCAUGGGAAUGUUAAUGUGAAAAGUCGACUAACUGUGUUUGAUUGUGAUAGCAAAUAUAUAUUGGAAGGAGAGAAGACGCUAAGCUACAACCACAUUACGGAAAAGUGGAGUGCGCCCCCGCCCACGUGCAUCCCACGCACGUGCGCGGAAUGGGUUUGUUCUGAAACUGAGUACUGUAGUAUUAUUAACAACCUUCCCUCCUGCAAAACAUCGUGUCCAGCAUUGCCGUCACUAAGUAACGGAGACCUCUCCGUGGUGGGAGGGACUGCUAUGUUCUCGUGUCAGGAUGACCACUACUUCUUGGAGGGGUCAGAAAAGUUAGACUGUGUAGAAGGAGAGUGGGAAGGAGAGGCGCCCACGUGCACAGUACAUACCUGCGACACAUUCCUUUGUGAGGAGACAGAGUAUUGUGAGGUCCAGGACAACAUUCCCACAUGUUUACCACGAUGCGAGGAACUAGAGCUAGAGAACGGAACAGCCACCAUGCACAAGGGGGCCGCCACAUUCCACUGCAAUCAGUACUUCUACAUGUCGGGAGAGUCACGUAUUACCUGUUCUAACAGUGCGUGGACGGGAAGUGAACCGGAAUGUGUGCCACAUACUUGUAAUACUUAUCCGUGUGGUGCGGAGGAGUUCUGUGAAUUACAGGGAGACAUUACCACUUGUUAUCAAGGUUGUCAAGAAGUGCUAUUACUAGAAAACGGUACUGUAGAACACACAAAGAAACGAGCAAAAUUUCAGUGUGAUGAAUACUUUUAUCUAGAAGGUGUAAAUUCUGUGACAUGUAAAGGCGGGAGUUGGUCAGGUGAUCUACCCAAAUGUGUUCCUCAUGACUGCGCGAGCUGGAGUUGUGGGUCUGAUAUGUUUUGUUUAAUGGAACACGACACUCCUACUUGUCACCUUGCGUGUCCAGUGUUAGAUACAUUAGAUAACGGAUCUGUGGUACAGCAUUCCACUACAGCUCGCUACACGUGCGACAGUCUUUACAGAAGAGUAGGGAGGAACGUUCUGCACUGUGUUGAGGGAGAAUGGGACGGGACCCCGCCUCUCUGUGUCUUUCGAACAUGUGAAUUCUACAGCUGUCCUAGUGGAAUGUACUGCGAGGAGGUGGACGGAGUUCCUGCUUGCUUUAAAGAGUGCACAACACCUACUGUGUACAGUGGUAACGUAACAAGAACGACCAGUUCAGCUCAGAUCACUUGUCUUGAAGGUUUUCAGAUGAACGGUGCGGGAACAGUGCACUGUAGUAACGGAGAUUGGGAUCCGGAACCACCCUCUUGUAUCCCAACAAAGUGUGAGCUCCUGGAAACUUGCCAGGAGAACCAUUCUUGUAGAUUGAUAACCGGAAUAGCUAUCUGCUCUCCAGACUGCCCUACAUUAGACAUCCCUAACGGACAGGUUUCAAUCUCCAACUUUGUGGCUUCCCUCUCCUGCAAGCCAGGGUACAAAAUGAGAGGAGUAUCCACUGCUCUGGUAUGUCGACUGGACGGUAGUUGGGGUGCCUCCCCACCCUUAUGUAUAGAGCCCCGCUGGGACUACCACAAGGAACAGCUGGGCGUAUGUUUAGCUGACCUGAGAUACGUCUCCAGCUGUGAUGACGUCAUCGAGGAGUUUAAGGAGGAGGUAGAGGAUGAUGUUAUGUCACUUGAUUUCUUGUUGGGGGUUAUGAAUGAGACAGAAUACAGCAGCACCCGACAUAGUUUCCUUGUCAGCAAGCUGCUUUUGCAGGAGAUGCAGCCCCUUGAAGAUAGGUUUACCGAUAAGAUUCGAGAUUAUGUCAAAGAUAUUGCCGUUAAGAAUGUUGACUUUAUGUUUUCUUUUGAAGAUGGUGAAAUAAAACCUGGUAUUGUUCGGAAGAUAGUUGCUAUGACGAUGCGACUUUUAAACUCAAUCAUUCGUUCUGUUCAGAGAGACCUUAACUCCAAGAGGACAGAUUUCGACAAAGAUCAUUGGAGAAAGAGAGGUCGUAGUAACGAGGGACCUGAUUUAGAUAUAUUCUCCAGGGAACCCAACUCUGUGCUGAUGAAAAGUCUUAAAGAAGUCGGAGAACAUCUAGUCGGAAUAUUAGUUUCAAAGAACUGAACUCGAUUUAAUGUUUUAACAUUUAAAAAAUUAAUUCUUAAUGUUGAAAUUGAAAAUUAAACGUUUUAAGUUUAUGAUAAUUAUCACUAUGCACAGAUCCCAGUCAUGUUUACUUUUAGUGGAUGCUUGAAUAUUUUGCAUCUUAAAAUUUAAGAUUUAACUUAAUAAUAAAGCUAAUUUAAGACUUAAAUUAGCUUUAUUAUCUUACUAUAUAUAAAGCGAGACGAUAUAUAUAUAUUUAUCCGUGUCAUUUUACUGACACCACGGCAUCAAGUUAAACGCGAAUUUCUGCAAAAACCGUAAA